AUGUUUGGACCAUGUCAUACCAUUGUUUUGGGAAGAAACACAAUGUUGGGACAUGUUUGGAUGCUAUCUAACUCUGCUGCUUUUGCAAUCUGUUAUAAUUUCCAUUUAAUGUUCUGCAUGGAAUUACCUUGUUGUGUGUUGGUUUGCAGCCGACAACCAAGAUCUAUUGAAGAAACCGUCGGUAAAAGCAAGCGACAUUACCGCAAUCCGAAGUAUGAAGGCUUAUUUGGAAAUCCCUUCAAGUGGAGAAAACAAAAUAUUUGCAUGGAGGCACCAAGUCAUUAUGUUAGAAAACUAAAACGGUGA